CGCCGACCUGGCGCGCGGAAACGCGCGGGCGCACCCCCCUCGGCGGGCGCGCGCGGGCCGCGAGAUGCGCUCCGCGCUGCGCCAGCCGCAGGGCGCGGGGGGCCCGCCCACGCCCUCGCCGCGGCGCGCGGUGGAGUUCGUGCGCUGCCAGACCCCCGCCGCCCGCCUGGCGCUCGGCGAGGACGAGGACGACGGGGCCACCGACGCGCCGCCUGACGCGCCGCCCAGCCCCGCCGACGGGGAGGGCGAGGCCCCGGACGUGCCGCUGGCGGCCGCCGGGCACACGGGGCCGCUGCCGGCUCCGCUGCGGCCCUGCCUGGCGCCGGAGCGGCAAACCCGCCCGGCCUUUCCGCGCAGCGGCGCGUGCUGCGCCGGCCUGGUGGCCGCGAGGCCCCUCCGCCGGCCGCGGGGGUCGCCUUCCAGAGGCCGGGGCCAGAGGUCCGGCUGCUGGGGCAGGUGCUUCCUGGGGCUGCAGCGGAGAACGCCUGGCUUGCGCUGGGGGGAAACCGUGCACGAGUUCCGCUUCGAGCGCUCGGUCGACCCGCUGCUACGCCGGCUUGGCCGGAAGAUACCGCGACCGUACAGUUGGCGGGCCACGACGACCACAGAUGGCACCAAGAUGGCGGAUUACUGCCACGGCACGUCCGAGACCGCCUGGGAGACGCCCGUCGCUGUGGAGAUGUGUGCGCAGCGCUUCGGGCUGGCCGUGGGGGACCACGUGGAGGUGUUCAGCUCCUCCGCGCAGCAGUGGUGCCCCGGCUACGUCGAGGCCUUCAGGUUCCGUGAGAGCAUCGUGAGCGUCGCCUUCCGGAUGCCCCAGUCGAGGAGCGAGGAGUGGGCCAAGAAGGACCUCUCCGUGGACGACCCCAGCUGGCGCAGGGCCUCCCAGGACGAGCUCCCCGCAGCGGCGGCGAGCCCGCCCGCGCCGGCACCCGCGCCGCCCCCGAGCGCGGCAGGUGCCUGGGGCGCCCCCAACGAGCUGCAGCUCCCAGCGCCGGCGCCGUCGUCGUCCUCGACCGCGUCUGCUGCGAGGGGCGUUCUCCAGGACACGUCGCUCCCCGAGAACUGGACGGGCGAGGAGCGCGCGGCGUACGCGCGGCUCUACGAGGAGGCCCUGGGCCGCGGGCGCCCGAGGGCGCCCGACGGCCAGCCGCCCCGCGGCGUCUGCGGCGCCGCGCGGCUGCUGGCAUUCCUCGGUACCAGUGGGCUGCCCGACCGCGUGCUGCAGGAGGUGCUGCAGGUGGGGAACCCAGAGCUGAAGGACCCGCUGGGGCGCGAGGAGUUCUUUGCCUGUUGCAGGCUCGUCGGGCACUGCCAGGCGCGGGCGGCUGCCGCAGGAGCGGGCGCCGCGGCCAGCGGCUCCUCCGGCGCGGAGGCCGCGAGCGUGCUGCGCAGCGGCGGCCUGCGCCUGCGGACGCUCCUGCGGGUGCACUGGCUCGCCGCUCCUGCGCCCUCCCCGCCGAGCUUCGGCGCCCCCGCCGGCGCCGCGGGCGGGUGAGGCCUGCAAGGGCCCCGCGGGCGCUCGACCCGGCCGCUCGUCGGAGCGCCGCCUCGCCGGGGCGACCUUUCUGCCGUCGGAGGGCGCCAACUCCUCCUCCUCCUCCUCCUCCUC